AUGGCAGUGGCGGACGCCGUUAUCUACUUUGCUGUGGAUAGAAUUGGCGAUGUGAUCAUACAGGAAAUCAAGGAAAGAGAGAGACCACCAAGCUCUUCAGAAAAUAGGUUCCUUAAUCGGCGGACUUAUUCUCACAAGAUUGAACAAAAUGUUGUUGGGUUGGAGGAAGAUACAAAUUUAUUGUUGACACAACUUGUGCGUACUGACUGUCGAGUUGUGGCGAUAUGUGGGAUAGGUGGCUUGGGAAAGACAACUCUGGCCAAGAAGGUUUACCGUCAAUCUUACAGAGUAGACGCGAGCUUGGAAAAGCUAGGGAGGGAAAUGGUAAAACAUUGUAGGGAUCUGCCACUAGCCAUCGUUGUCCUUGGAGAUCUUUUAUCAAGUAAAAGAACGUACGAUGAAUGGGAUACGAUACAUCAAUGUAUCAAGUCAUACUUAAAGAGAGAAGAUUUCGAAAUUUUUCAGCUUCUGGCUUUAAGCUAUGAUGAUUUACCGUAUAAGCUGAAGCCGUAUUUCCUUUAUUUAGCCAUGCUUCCGGAAGAUUUUAAUAUAUCCCGAGAUUGGUUGAUUAAUUUAUGGGUGGCUGAGGGUAUUAUCUUACCGCCAAGAAUAGAGAGAGAAAGUGAGGAAUCAUUGGAGUAUGUUGCAUAUCGCUGCUUGACAGAGUUGACGGAGAGGUACAUGGUUAAUGUGGAAAAAAGAGACCCAUCUGGGAGAAUCAAAAGGUGCCGAAUGCACGAUCUUAUGAGGGAGUUUUGUUUGUCCAAGGCUGAAGAGGAAAAAUUGUUUCAAGUUCUACCAUUCUACGGGGCUAGAGAGAGGAGUUUGAAUAUUUCUUCUUCUUCAGCAGAAGUGAAAGGCAGAGUUCGCCGACUUUCUUUGCAUUUAAAUAAUUUUCCUGGAGACAUUGCCCUGGAAUGCGACGAAUAUCCCGUAUUCAGAUUAGAUCGUUUUGAUUCAGCAUCAACCAUACCGGAUGUUUUAUGGAAGUUGAAAAGAUUGAGGCAUCUAUAUCUUCCUCGCUGGUAUGGAAGAGGCACAAAAAGGUUGCAAUUUGCGGACCUGAGCGACCUAAGGACACUGGUAAAUUUUCCAGCAUCUGAUCCUGACGUAGAAGAUCUGAUCAGACUGACCAAUCUUAGGAAAUUGAAGAUAUUAUUAUCUUCUAAUGAAAUAACACUAAGGAGGUUUAAGGGAAUCUUCGAAUCCCCAACCAUCAUACUCAACUACCUUCGUGAUUUGUCCAUCCUUUCGUCACUUUCAUUGGACGGUCAAGAUGUAGAGAACAUUAAAUCACGUUGUCCUCGUCUUCAGCGGCUGAAACUAAAUGGGACAGUAGUUUACCAGACGCCUGAUGUCUUCGGAAUUAAGGAAGAAGAGGAUGCCACCUGCCUUGAGAGCGGACUUAUCCCACAAUAUUAA